AUGGAGGAGAUGUUAUCAAGGAAGAGGAGGGCAGAGCAAAAGUCUGACAUGUUUGACUGUCUGUCUAUGAGGAGUGACCGGUCUAAAGAUCAUCCUCUUAUACUCUUCAGUAAAGAACCAGGACCCUCAGGUUCACAGUAAGAGAAACACUUUUCACCCUCCAAACUCUCAAACAACAACAGCUGAUGUUUCAAAAUCCGAACUUUAAAUCCUGACCCCUCUGUUUUCUCCUCUGCUCUGAAAAUGCUGAUUUUCCUCUUUAACCUCCAACCUGGAGAAAGUGAAGAAAAAGUCACUGAGCUCAGAUUUACUUAUUAUUCCUGAUGUUGAUAAAAAUGAAGGUGGUAUAAAACAGCAUUAGAAAAGGAUCCUGACCUCUGUAUUUUCUGAUUUGGUUCCUGUGUUUGGGACGUUUUGAGCCUGUUAGUCUUUGGACUGUGGUGUAUAGACCCCAGAAAACAGUCUGUGGGUCAGAAAAUACCAGAAGACCAAAGAAGAAAUAAAUCCUGAGAAAUAAAAACUCAUUCAGAGCAUCUGUCUGUUAUUAGACCUUUAGAUCUGAUUGUUAAAAAAUGUUUGAAACUGUCAGAGAAAAUCUCUCGACCUUCAAAAAUCACAGUUGAGUUUUUUCUCCUGUCUCCACACUUUGAGGCAGCAGCAGCUGAAUAUUUUACUGUUUUAUUUUAGAGAAAAGAGAAACUCUGGUUUAAUAAAUGUUUCUUAUUCUGAAUCUUUCAAACAUGAAAUAAUAAAGAAAAUAAAUGUUCUUUAUUUCCACAGAGAGACACAGAGAUGUGACUCUGUGGAGGAGCAGCUGUCCAGAUAUCUCAGCUCUGAUGGAAGUAAGUCUGAACAUCUGUCCUCUAAAGUCUGUGUGGAUGAAAACUCAGCUGACUGAUUUUCACAAAGACGUUUCAGUGUUGAGAAGUUUGGUUCAUUUUAUUUUUCUUCUCUUUCAGAAGAUGUCGGUCUGCAGGAGGUUUUAGAUGAACAUAAGAUCAGUCUGAAGAGGAGAUGUGAACGUGUGAAUGAAGGAAGUGAUGAAACAGGAAGUAGUCAAACCCUCCUCAACAGGAUCUUCACUGAGCUCUACAUCACAGAGGGACUGAGUGAAGAGGUGAACACCCAACAUGAGGUGAGACAGCUGGAGACAGCUUCAAAGAUGAAGACCCUCCAUGACGAACCCAUCAGGUGUCAUGAGAUCUUUCAAACCUUACCUGACCAACAGAAGAAGCUCAUCAGAGUGGUUCUGACCAACGGCGUGGCUGGUGUUGGAAAAACCUUCUCAGUGCAGAAGUUCACUCUGGACUGGGCAGAGGGUUUGAAGAACCAAGACCUCCAUCUGGUGGUCCUGCUUUCAUUCAGGGAGCUGAACCUGAUCAGAAGGAAGCGCUUCAGUCUUCUGAGUCUGCUCCAUGUUUUCCAUCCAACCCUAGAGAAGGUCACAGCAGAGAUGCUGACUGUCUGUAAACUUCUGUUCAUCUUUGACGGUCUGGAUGAAAGCAGACUGUCUCUGGAUUUCAAACGCACUAAGGUCCUGUCUGACGUCACACAGAAGUCUUCACUGAACGUUCUGUUAACAAACCUCAUCAAGGGGAACCUGCUCCCCUCAGCUCUCAUCUGGAUAACUUCUCGACCUGCAGCAGCCAAUCAGAUCCCUCCUUCAUGUGUGGACAGGGUAACAGAAGUACGAGGCUUCACUGACGCCCAGAAGGACGAGUACUUCAGGAAGAGGUUCAGAGAUGAAGAUCUGUCCAGAAGAAUCAUCUCACACAUCAAGUCCUCCAAGAGCCUCCACAUCAUGUGUCAGAUCCCGGUCUUCUGCUGGAUCACUGCUACAGUUCUGGAGGACAUGAUGAGGAGAAAGAAGAGAGGAGAUCUGCCCAAGACCCUGACUGACAUGUACUCACACUUCCUGCUGGUCCAGACUAAGAGGAAGAAGCAGAAGUAUGAAGGAGGACAUGAGACAAGUCCUCAGGAGCUGACGGAGGCUGACAGUGAAGUCCUCCUGAAGCUGGGGAGGCUGGCCUUUGAACAUCUGGAGAAAGGAGACAUCAUGUUCUACCAAGAAGACCUGGAGCGGUGUGGUCUGGAUGUCUCAGAGGCCUCGGUGUACUCAGGAGUUUGUACAGAGAUCUUCAGAAGAGAGAGUGUGAUCUUCCAGAAAACUGUUUACUGUUUCGUUCAUCUGAGCGUUCAGGAGUUUCUGUCUGCAGUCUACAUGAUCCACAGUUUCACAACCAGGAACACAGAAGAUCUGAAGACUUUUCUAAAAGACAACAAAGACAAAACCCUGGAUGACUGUCUCUCAUCUCUGGAUGUCUUCCUGAAGAGAGUCAUGAUGAAAUCCCUUCUCAGUAAAAACGGUCACCUGGACCUGAUUGUUCGCUUCCUUCAUGGACUCUCUCUGGAGUCAAACCAGAGACUCUUAGGAGGUCUGCUGGGUCACACAGACAACAGUCCAGAAAUGAUCCAAAGAGUCAUCAAGAACCUGAAGGAGAUGAACAGUGAAGAUAUCUCUCCUGACAGAAGCAUCAACAUCUUCCACUGUCUGAUGGAGAUGAACGAUCUGUCAGUUCAUCAGGAGAUCCAAGAGUUCCUGAAGUCAGAGAACAGAUCAGAGAAGGAACUCUCAGAGAUCCACUGCUCUGCUCUGGCCUACAUGCUGCAGAUGUCAGAGGAGGUUCUGGAGGAGUUGAACUUAAGGAAGUAUAACACAUCAGACCAGGGACGACUGAGACUGAUCCCAGCUGUGAGGAACUGCAGAAAGGCUGAGUAAGUCCAGGUUUUAUUCUCAGAAUAGUGUAAAUGAUCCCUGUAGUUCUUCUAAUGUCCACGUUACUGAUGAUGUUCUUCUUCAAAUAGAAAUCCACUCAAAUAUCAGGGAGGGGGUUUCUUUAGCAAAAACAUGAUCCUGGUGUCUAAAGUCCUGUUAGCCCAGGAUGAGGUCUACCUGUGGACCCCUGAGAACUUGUCCUGAUUGUGGAGGACCUCUUUGUUUUGAAUCGUGUCUGUAAUGAAUAAAGUGGAACUUUGAGGACAAAUCAGUGACCAUAUCUGAGGACACACAGAGGUCUUCUGAUGAUGGUAUCAGUCCAGAUCAACAUCUCAGUCAGUUGUGGUGAACUUGAGUUUGAAGAAGGUGUCUGCAGCUUCUUCCUGCUGGUUUUCAGGUUGGAAAUGAUGAAUCUGUUGUAAAUGAGGGUGUUGACAGCAUUGAUGGUGAAAAUAGAACUGGAUCAUUUUCUACACAGUGGCAGAACUGUCUCUGUACCAUCAUGUUCAUCAUUCAAUAUUCAUCAUCAAUACAACCAUGAAAACUAACAUCAUUUUCCACCACUCACUGGAGAUGAUCUGCUGGACUAGAACAUAUGAAUGAUGAGAACACAGGAGGUAUUUGGACAGCAGCUCCAUGAGUCUGAAAACAAUGGUGGAAAUAGGAGGUUAAUGUCUCUCUCUAGUAUAGUAAGUAUUGGACGAUAAUGUGGAGAGAGAGAGGGAGGGAGGGAGGGAGAGAGAGAGAGAGAGAGAGAGAGAGAGAGAGAGAGAGAGAGCACACAAAGACAGAGGUACAGUGGGUUAGGGUUGGGGGUCCCCUUCUCCAACCAGAACUCAAGAAUUCACUCAGUCAUAAUGAUCCAGCUGCACUAACAUGAAGACAACACUGUUAGAGAACAGAAGGACUAAAAUAAGUCAUGGAGUCAUUUGUCUUGAACAUCUGAACAGUUUUUUUUUCUUCUAAACUUUGACUUCCUGUCUUCUCUCAUGGCUGUGGUCCUGAUAUUAGUAUCUGUCUGGUUAAAAACAGGCCGUCUGUCAAACCAAAGAUCAUGUUUGUUUUUGGGGAAGAGAAACAUCAAAUUACCCUUUAAUGAAAUAUUGUUGAUAUUUAUGUUGUUACAGACUUUCAUACUGUGAACUCUCAGAGACUCACUGUGAAGUUGUGGCCUCAGCUCUGAAGUCCAACCCCUCCCAUCUGAGACAUCUGAACCUGAGCUCAAACGAUCUGCAGGAUUCAGGAGUGAAGCUUCUCUCUGCAGGACUGGAGAGUCCAAACUGCAGACUGGAGACUCUGAUGUGAGACACCAUUUCCUUCUGCUCUAACAAUAAGAUGUGACAGCUGCUGCCUUAGAUUUUUCUCUGUGGUUUUUCCAUCAACUUUGGUCGAGCAGUUUGAAUUUGUCGUUGUAAAACUUCAACACAGGAAGAAAAAUCCGACAUUUCAGAGUUGACUUUGAGGAGAAGUUGGAUGUAGAAAGGAAGCAGGAGAAAAUCAGUCCCACAAAUAUUCAAUAAAAAAUUCCUCCAGAUUUUCCAAAAGUUUAGAGAUGAUUUUACAAAGUUCCUCCAGAUCAACUCUGAAAAAGUUCUUCUUCCAUGUCCUUCAGGGUUCAAGAACAUUGAAUCAUUAAAAACAGGAACAGUUUCUUCAGAGGUUCAAUUUUUGUAAAUAUCAACUUUUAGAUUUGGAGUUUUAGUCUUUAAAUUUCAGAGACAUUUUGAACAUAUUCAUGAGUUAAUAUUAGGGAUGGGUCCGAAUAUUCGGCGCCGAAAAUAUUCGGCCGAAAAGCAUCAAAAAUGAAUUUUCGGUUUUCGGCCGAAUAGAUGUUAUGGCCGAAAAAAAAUCACCGAAUAGUGUGGAUAAACAUGGGUCUAGUAUGAACUCUCAAAAACGGAAAACGCAGACGGCGCUGUUUUCCCUGUUUUAGUAGCAUGUUGAUGACGUAAUCGGAACGCGACAAGAGGCAAGCCGGUGUUGUGCCGUAGAAAGCACCCCCGUCGUAGAAUGCACCCCCUGCCACCCAUCCACUCAUUAGCUUCUUAAAGUGGAAAAAAAUGACUAUUUGAUCAUUACAACUUUCGAUCUGAUUUUAUCUGUCUCCAAAAUGCACAUACGGAGGUGUGCUUGGGUAUAUAAACUACAGUAAACUGUCAAGCUGGCAUACAUUAUAUUUUCAGGACAGCAAAUAUUCUGAAUCAGAGGGCUAUUUUUUCGGCUCGAAUAGCCUGAGUGAAACUAUUAAAGGCACACGCUUUUGAAUUCAUCCAAUGGUAAGGAAAACUUGGAUUAUUUUCGCCUUGUUAAGUACUUUCAACCGCGCUCCCGUCGGGGGUGCAUUCUACCGCACAACACCUGCAUGCUGAUACGAGACACACGAUACGUGCAGCUGUCUUGGCUCGAAGCCGUUCAACCGGCGUGUCUGCGGUUUGGAAAUAUUUGGACAUAUCAGAGAAAGAUGGUCUGAUUGCAAUUUGUAAACUCUGCUCUGCUGAAGUGUCUCGAGGUGGUGUGACGGCAAAAACUUUCAGUACAUCGGGGCUUAUCAACCACUUGAGCGCUAAACAUAAGGACAAACAUGACGAGUUUAAGAAACUCACUGCACAAAAGUUUGCACAAUCGUAUGUGCAUGCAUGUAAGUGCAUUUAUUGUUGAAGGCCUCAGGCCUGGAUUUGUGUUUACUGUUGCACAAUCAUGUAUAUGCAUGCACGUACCUGCAUUUAUUUUAUUUAUUUUGCAUAUGUGCAUUUUAUUUUAUUUACUUUAGGCUAUCCUACAGGGAAAAUUGCACUUUUUUUGUAUUGUUAUUGCAAAGAUGUUAUUUACUUAAUUUUAUUUUAUUGAAUGUUAUUGUUAUAGCAUUGUUAUGUCAUGUCAGCUGAAUAAAUGUUUCAUGGUUCAAACAUAAAGUGAUUAAUAUUUAAGUUUGCCAGGUUUUGCCAUAAUCAGGUAGCUUUAAAACACAUGUACGGCAAUGACAGCAAUUGUACAAAAGUUGCUUGGUGAUAAAAAUUGAUAAUUUAUAUACAUAUUUAUUAAUCAUAUUCGGCUAUUCGGUAUUCGGUUAUUCGGCCAAGUGUUUCUUAUAUUCAGUAUUCGGUUUCGGCCAAGAUUUUCCCAUUCGGUCCAUCCCUAGUUAAUAUUGAUGAAUUAAUUCUUUUUGACACGUUACAAUCAUGAGGAGGAAGUCAUGGACUAAACUUGGGCUCCCAGUUUCCUUGUUGUUGUUUCUUCAGCUAGCAUCAUUGUUUUCAUCACAGUUAUUAAAGUAAUAAUGAUGCUUCAUAAAUUCAGAGUCACAAAAAAACACCAAACAAACCAAAUCUGAAAAAAAUCCACUUUUUCAUCAAAUGAGUUUAAUCGGUCAGAACAUGAGGUUUGAGUUUUCAUGAGGAGGAAACGAGAAAGAUCUGCUCUGACAGUGAGAAACACAGACGCCUGAAUUUACACUGACAGACAGAGAGAGACAGACAGAGAGACAGACACACAAACACAGACAGAGAGACAGACACACAAACACAGACAGAGACACACAGACACACAAACACAGACAGAGAGAGAGAGACAGACAAACACAGACACACAAACACAGACAGAGAGACAGACACACAAACACAGACAGAGAGAGAGAGACAGACAAGCACAGACAGACAAACACAGAAAGAGAGACAGACACACAAACACAGACAGAGACACAGACACACAAACACAGACACACAAACACAGACAGACACACAGACACACAAACACAGACAGAGAAACACAGACACACAAACACAGACAGAGAGACAGACAGAGAAACACAGACACACAAACACAGAAAGAGACACAGACACACAAACACAGACAGAGAAACACAGACACACAAACACAGACACACAAACACAGACAGAGAGACAGACACACAAACACAGACAGAGAGAGAGAGAGACAGACAAACACAGACAGACAAACACAGACACACAAACACAGACAGAGACACAGACACACAAACACAGACACACAGACACAGACACACAGACAGAGACACAGACACACAAACACAGACACACAGACACAGACAAACAAACACAGACAAACAAACACAGACAGAGACACAGACACACAGACACACAAACACAGACACACAAACACAGACAGAGACACAGACACACAAACACAGACACACAGACAAACAAACACAGACAAACAAACACAGACAGAGACACAGACACACAGACACACAAACACAGACAGAGAAACACAGAAAGAGAGACAGACACACAAACACAGACAGAGACACAGACACACAAACACAGACACACAAACACAGACAGACACACAAACACAGACAGAGACACAGACACACAAACACAGACAGAGAAACACAGACACACAAACACAGACAGAGAGACAGACAGAGAAACACAGACACACAAACACAGAAAGAGACACAGACACACAAACACAGACAGAGAAACACAGACACACAAACACAGACACACAAACACAGACAGAGACACAGACAGAGACACAGACACACAAACACAGACACACACAAACACAGACACACAAACACAGACACACACAAACACAGACACACAAACACAGACACACAAACACAGACACACAAACACAGACACACAAACACAGACAGAGACACAGACACACAAACACAGACACACAGACACAGACAAACAAACACAGACAAACAAACACAGACAGAGACACAGACACACAGACACACAAACACAGACAGAGAAACACAGACACACAGACACACAAACACAGACACACAAACACAGACAGAGAAACACAGACACACAAACACAGACACACAGAGAUGUUCCUCUUUGUCUCUUUGCUGUGAUGACUGAAGUCACAAAAACAAAGUUUUCUUCGUCACUUUUAUGAUUGAACCAAAGAAGUUAAAGAACCAAACUCUCAGAUUUUCUUCUUCUCAAUAUUAUUUGAACCAUUUAGAUUUUUCUCCUGAUCAAUAUUCAAUGAUCAGAUUGAUCAGGUUCCUGUUUUGGCUCCAGCCUGGUUGAGGGAGGUGGGCUCAGUGUCCUGGGUGACUCUCUCUGAGCUCUUCUUGGUUGAGAGUAUUUCUGGUUUGUCUCUGACUUCCAUGAACUCAGAUCUGGAGGAUUGCUGGCUGGUCCGGUCCAGUUCUGACAGUAGAGACAACACAGUCUGUUAUUCUGGGUUGAGUGUUCUUGUUGAAGAUCAGUGUACAGUGAGGGAUGAAGGCAGACAAAGAUCCUCCUGUUUCCUCCAUGUCACAGUUCAAGUUCAUUUUGAAGACUUUGAUUGAUCCGAGCGCUGAAGAGGAACAGGAAACGAGGAGUAGAGAGUGAGGGAGGACUUACAGCAAAGGAUCAUGGGAGUCCAACCAGCAACUGCUGCAACAAGGACUCCACCUUCUGAACACCUGAACCUCUAAUCCAAACCAGUGCUCCAUCACAGUUGAUGUCUUGUCUGUUAUUUUACAUGGAGGGUCAGAGCAGACCAGAUCAUGAGCUCUGACAGACUGGAUCUGGUCCAAAGGUCUCCUGUUGGAGUUCUCUAAGCUCCAUAUUUUAAACCUGAACACCUGAAGUUUGAUUAUUAAUUAUUUUUAUCUUCAUUCUCUUUCCUUUUUUCAGACUGAGGAGCUGCAGUUUGUCAGAGAUCAGCUGUUCUUCUCUGGCCUCAGCUCUGAAGUCCAACCCCUCCCAUCUGAGACAUCUGGACCUGAGUGGAAACAAUCUGCAGGAUUCAGGAGUGAAGCUUCUCUCUGCAGGACUGGAGAGUCCAAACUGCAGACUGGAGACUCUGAUGUGAGACACCAUUUCCUUCUGAUCUAACAAUAAGAUGUGACAGCUGCUGCCUUAGAUUUUUCUCUGUGGUUUUUCCAUCAACUUUGGUCGAGCAGUUUGAAUUUGUCGUUGUAAAACUUCAACACAGGAAGAAAAAUCCCACAUUUCAGAGUUGACUUUGAGGAGAACGAUGGAUGUAGAAAGGAAGCAGGAGAAAAUCAGUCCCACAAAUAUGAAAUAAAAAAUUCCUCCAGAUUUUCCAAAAGUUUAGAGAUGAUUUUACAAAGUUCCUCCAGAUCAACUCUGAAAAGUUCUUCUUCCAUGUCCUUCAGGGUUCAAGAACAUUGAAUCAUUAAAAACAGGAACAGUUUCUUCAGAGGUUCAAUUUUUGUAAAUAUCAACUUUUAGAUUUGGAGUUUUAGUCUUUAAAUUUCAGAGACAUUUUGAACAUAUUCAUGAGUUAAUAUUGAUGAAUUACAACCAUAUCAUACUGAUAUCAGACAGGAGUGUGACAGGUGUUUAUUAGUCUUUUUGACACGUUACAAUCAUGAGGAGAAAGUCAUGGACUAAACUUGGGCUCCCAGUUUCCUUGUUGUUGUUUCUUCAGCUAGCAUCAUUGUUUUCAUCACAGUUCUUAAAGUAAUAAUGAUGCUUCAUAAAUUCAGAGUCACAAAAAAACACCAAACAAACCAAAUCUGAAAAAAAUCCACUUUUUCAUCAAAUGAGUUUAAUCGGUCAGAACAUGAGGUUUGAGUUUUCAUGAGGAGGAAACGAGAAAGAUCUGCUCUGACAGAAACACAGACGCCUGAAUUUACACUGACAGACAGAGAGACACAGACAGAGACACAGACACACAAAUACAGACAGAGACACAGACACACAAACACAGACAGAGAGACAGACAGAGAGACACAAACACACAAACACAGACAGAGAGACAGACAGAGAGACACAAACACACAAACACAGACAGAGAGACAGACACACAAACACAGACACACAAACACAGACACACAAAGACAGACAGAGACACACAAACACAGACAGAGAGACACAGACACACAAACACAGACACUCAGAGAUGUUCCUCUUUGUCUCUUUGCUCUGAUGACUGAAGUCACAAAAACAAAGUUUUCUUCGUCACUUUUAUGAUUGAACCAAAGAAGUUAAAGAACCAAACUCUCCGAUUUUCUUCUUCUCAAUAUUAUUUGAACCAUUUAGAUUUUUCUCCUGAUCAAUAUUCAAUGAUCAGAUUGAUCAGGUUCCUGUUUUGGCUCCAGCCUGGUUGAGGGAGGUGGGCUCAGUGUCCUGGGUGACUCUCUCUGAGCUCUUCUUGGUUGAGAGUAUUUCUGGUUUGUCUCUGACUUCCAUGAACUCAGAUCUGGAGGAUUGCUGGCUGGUCCGGUCCAGUUCUGACAGUAGAGACAACACAGUCUGUUAUUCUGGGUUGAGUGUUCUUGUUGAAGAUCAGUGUACAGUGAGGGAUGAAGGCAGACAAAGAUCCUCCUGUUUCCUCCAUGUCACAGUUCAAGUUCAUUUUGAAGACUUUGAUUGAUCCGAGCGCUGAAGAGGAACAGGAAACGUGGAGUAGAGAGUGAGGGAGGACUUACAGCAAAGGAUCAUGGGAGUCCAACCAGCAACUGCUGCAACAAGGACUCCACCUUCUGAACAGCUGAACCUCUAAUCCAAACCAGUGCUCCAUCACAUUUGAUGUCUUGUCUGUUAUUUUAUAUGGAGGGUCAGAGCAGACCAGAUCAUGAGCUCUGACAGACUGGAUCUGGUCCAAAGGUCUCCUGUUGGAGUUCUCUAAGCUCCAUAUUUUAAACCUGAACACCUGAAGUUUGAUUAUUAAUUAUCUUUAUCUUCAUUCUCUUUCCUUUUUUCAGACUGAGGAGCUGCAGUUUGUCAGAGAUCAGCUGUUCUUCUCUGGCCUCAGCUCUGAAGUCCAACCCCUCCCAUCUGAGACAUCUGGACCUGAGCAGAAACAAACUGCAGGAUUCAGGAGUGAAUCUUCUCUCUGCAGGACUGGAGAGUCCAAACUGCAGACUGGAGACUCUGAUGUGAGACACCAUUUCCUUCUGAUCUAACAAUAAGAUGUGACAGCUGCUGCCUUAGAUUUUUCUCUGUGGUUUUUCCAUCAACUUUGGUCGAGCAGUUUGAAUUUGUCGUUGUAAAACUUCAACACAGGAAGAAAAAUCCGACAUUUCAGAGUUGACUUUGAGGAGAACGAUGGAUGUAGAAAGGAAGCAGGAGAAAAUCAGUCCCACAAAUAUGAAAUAAAAAAUUCCUCCAGAUUUUCCAAAAGUUUAGAGAUGAUUUUACAAAGUUCCUCCAGAUCAACUCUGAAAAAGUUCUUCUUCCAUGUCCUUCAGGGUUCAAGAACAUUGAAUCAUUAAAAACAGGAACAGUUUCUUCAGAGGUUCAAUUUUUUUAAAUAUCAACUUUUAGACUUGGACUUUUAGUCUUUAAAUUUCAGAGACAUUUUGAACAUAUUCAUGAGUUAAUAUUGAUGAAUUACAACCAUAUCAUACUGAUAUCAGACAGGAGUGUGACAGGUGUUUAUUAGUCUUUUUGACACGUUACAAUCAUGAGGAGAAAGUCAUGGACUAAACUUGGGCUCCCAGUUUCCUUGUUGUUGUUUCUUCAGCUAGCAUCAUUGUUUUCAUCACAGUUAUUAAAGUAAUAAUGAUGCUUCAUAAAUUCAGAGUCACAAAAAAACACCAAACAAACCAAAUCUGAAAAAAAUCCACUUUUUCAUCAAAUGAGUUUAAUCGGUCAGAACAUGAGGUUUGAGUUUUCAUGAGGAGGAAACGAGAAAGAUCUGCUCUGACAGUUAGAAACACAGACGCCUGAAUUUACACUGACAGACAGAGAGACACAGACAGAGAGACAGACACACAAACACAGACAGAGAGACAGACACACAAACACAGACAGAGAGACACAGACACAAACACAGACAGAGACACAGACACACAAACACAGACAGAGAGACACAGACACACAAACACAGACAGAGACACAGAUACACAAACACAGACAGAGAGACACAGACACACAAACACAGACAGAGAGACACAGACACACAAACACAGACAGAGACACACAAACACAGACAGACAGAGAGACAGACACACAAACACAGACAGAGACACAGACACACAAACACAGACAGACAGAGACACAGACACACAAACACAGACAGAGAGACACAGACACACAAACACAGAUGCCUGAAUUUACACUCACAGACAGAGAGACACAGACACACAAACACAGACAGAGACACAGACACACAAACACAGACAGACACAAACACAGACGUCUGAAUUUACACUGACAGACACACAAACAGACAGAGAGACAGACACACAAACACAGACAGAGACAGACACACAAACACAGACACACAAACACAAACACACAAACACAGACAGAGGGACACAGACACACAGACAGAGACACAGACACACAAACACAGACAGAGACACAGACACACAGACAGAGAGACAGACACACAAACACAGACAGAGACACAGACACACAAACACAGACAGACAGAGACACAGACACACAAACACAGACAGAGAGACACAGACACACAAACACAGACGCCUGAAUUUACACUCACAGACAGAGAGACACAGACACACAAACACAGACAGACACACAGACACACAAACACAGACAGACACAAACACAGACAGACAGAGAGACAGACACACAAACAUAGACACAGACAGAGACACAGACACACAAACACAAACACACAAACACAGACAGAGGGACACAGACACAAAGACAGGGACACAGACACACAGACAGAGGGACACAGACACACAGACAGAGACACAGACACACAAACACAGACACAGAUACACAAACACAGACAGAGACACAGACACACAGACACAGACAGACAAACACAGACACACAAAGACAGACAGAGAGACACAGACACACAGACACAGACAGACAAACACAGACACACAAACACAGACAGAGAGACACAGACACACAAACACAGACAGAGAAACACAGACACACAGACACAGACACACAAACACAGACAGAGACACAGACACACAAACACAGACACACAAACACAGACACUCAGAGAUGUUCCUCUUUGUCUCUUUGCUGUGAUGACUGAAGUCACAAAAACAAAGUUUUCUUUGUCACUUUUAUGAUUGAACCAAAGAAGUUAAAGAACCAAACUCUCAGAUUUUCUUCUUCUCAAUAUUAUUUGAACCAUUUAGAUUUUUAUCCUGAUCAAUAUUCAAUGAUCAGAUUGAUCAGGUUCCUGUUUUGGCUCCAGCCUGGUUGAGGGAGGUGGGCUCAGUGUCCUGGGUGACUCUCUCUGAGCUCUUCUUGGUUGAGAGUAUUUCUGGUUUGUCUCUGACUUCCAUGAACUCAGAUCUGGAGGAUUGCUGGCUGGUCCGGUCCAGUUCUGACAGUAGAGACAACACAGUCUGUUAUUCUGGGUUGAGUGUUCUUGUUGAAGAUCAGUGUACAGUGAGGGAUGAAGGCAGACAAAGAUCCUCCUGUUUCCUCCAUGUCACAGUUCAAGUUCAUUUUGAAGACUUUGAUUGAUCCGAGCGCUGAAGAGGAACAGGAAACGUGGAGUAGAGAGUGAGGGAGGACUUACAGCAAAGGAUCAUGGGAGUCCAACCAGCAACUGCUGCAACAAGGACUCCACCUUCUGAACAGCUGAACCUCUAAUCCAAACCAGUGCUCCAUCACAUUUGAUGUCUUGUCUGUUAUUUUAUAUGGAGGGUCAGAGCAGACCAGAUCAUGAGCUCUGACAGACUGGAUCUGGUCCAAAGGUCUCCUGUUGGAGUUCUCUAAGCUCCAUAUUUUAAACCUGAACACCUGAAGUUUGAUUAUUAAUUAUUUUUAUCUUCAUUCUCUUUCCUUUUUUCAGACUGUUGGACUGCAGUUUGUCAGAGAUCAGCUGUUCUUCUCUGGCCUCAGCUCUGAAGUCCAACCCCUCCCAUCUGAGACAUCUGGACCUGAGCAGAAACAAACUGCAGGAUUCAGGAGUGAAGCUUCUCUCUGCAGGACUGGAGAGUCCAAACUGCAGACUGGAGACUCUGAAGUGAGACACCAUUUCCUUCUGAUCUAACAAUAAGAUGUGACAGCUGCUGCCUUAGAUUUUUCUCUGUGGUUUUUCCAUCAACUUUGGUCGAGCAGUUUGAAUUUGUCGUUGUAAAACUUCAACACAGGAAGAAAAAUCCCACAUUUCAGAGUUGACUUUGAGGAGAACGAUGGAUGUAGAAAGGAAGCAGGAGAAAAUCAGUCCCACAAAUAUGAAAUAAAAAAUUCCUCCAGAUUUUCCAAAAGUUUAGAGAUGAUUUUACAAAGUUCCUCCAGAUCAACUCUGAAAAAGUUCUUCUUCCAUGUCCUUCAGGGUUCAAGAACAUUGAAUCAUUAAAAACAGGAACAGUUUCUUCAGAGGUUCAAUUUUUGUAAAUAUCAACUUUUAGAUUUGGAGUUUUAGUCUUUAAAUUUCAGAGACAUUUUGAACAUAUUCAUGAGUUAAUAUUGAUGAAUUACAACCAUAUCAUACUGAUAUCAGACAGGAGUGUGACAGGUGUUUAUUAGUCUUUUUGACACGUUACAAUCAUGAGGAGAAAGUCAUGGACUAAACUUGGGCUCCCAGUUUCCUUGUUGUUGUUUCUUCAGCUAGCAUCAUUGUUUUCAUCACAGUUAUUAAAGUAAUAAUGAUGCUUCAUAAAUUCAGAGUCACAAAAAAACACCAAACAAACCAAAUCUGAAAAAAAUCCACUUUUUCAUCAAAUGAGUUUAAUCGGUCAGAACAUGAGGUUUGAGUUUUCAUGAGGAGGAAACGAGAAAGAUCUGCUCUGACAGUGAGAAACACAGACGCCUGAAUUUACACUGACAGACAGAGAGAGAAAGACAGAGACACAGACACACAAACACAGACAGAGAGACAGACACACAAACACAGACAGAGAGACACAGACACAAACACAGACAGAGAGAGAGAGACAGACAAACACAGACACACAAACACAGACAGAGAGACAGACACACAAACACAGACAGAGAGAGAGAGACAGACAAACACAGACAGACAAACACAGACACACAAACACAGACAGAGACACAGACACACAAACACAGACACACAGACACAGACACACAGACAGAGACACAGACACACAAACACAGACAGAGAGACACAGACACACAAACACAGACAGAGACACAGAUACACAAACACAGACAGAGAGACACAGACACACAAACACAGACAGAGAGACACAGACACACAAACACAGACAGAGACACAGACACACAAACACAGACAGACAGAGAGACAGACACACAAACACAGACAGAGACACAGACACACAAACACAGACAGACAGAGACACAGACACACAAACACAGACAGAGAGACACAGACACACAAACACAGACGCCUGAAUUUACACUCACAGACAGAGAGACACAGACACACAAACACAGACAGAGACACAGACACACAAACACAGACAGACACAAACACAGACGUCUGAAUUUACACUGACAGACACACAAACAGACAGAGAGACAGACACACAAACACAGACAGAGACAGACACACAAACACAGACACACAAACACAAACACACAAACACAGACAGAGGGACACAGACACACAGACAGAGACACAGACACACAGACAGAGGGACACAGACACACAGACAGAGACACAGACACACAAACACAGACACAGAGACACACAAACACAGACAGAGACACAGACACACAAACACAGACACAGACAGACAAACACAGACACACAAACACAGACAGAGAGACACAGACACACAGACACAGACAGACAAACACAGACACAAACACAGACACACAAACACAGACAGAGAGACACAGACACACAAACACAGACAGAGAAACACAGACACACAUAAACACAGACAGAGACACAGACACACAGAGACACAGACACACAAACACAGACACACAAACACAGACUCACAAACACAGACAGAGACACAGACACAGACAGAGAGACACGGACACACAGACACAGACACACAAACACAGACACACAAACACAGACACACAAACACAGACAGAGACACAGACACACAAACACAGACAGAGACACAGACACACAAACACAGACAGAGACACAGACACACAAACACAGACACACAGACACAGACAAACAAACACAGACAGAGACACAGACACACAGACACACAAACACAGACAGAGAAACACAGACACACAAACACAGACACACAAACACAGACACACAAACACAGACACACAAACACAGACACACAGAGAUGUUCCUCUUCGUCUCUUUGCUGUGAUGACUGAAGUCACAAAAACAAAGUUUUCUUCAUCACUUUUAUGAUUGAACCAAAGAAGUUAAAGAACCAAACUCUCAGAUUUUCUUCUUCUCAAUAUUAUUUGAACCAUUUAGAUUUUUCUCCUGAUCAAUAUUCAAUGAUCAGAUUGAUCAGGUUCCUGUUUUGGCUCCAGCCUGGUUGAGGGAGGUGGGCUCAGUGUCCUGGGUAACUCUCUCUGAGCUCUUCUUGGUUGAGAGUAUUUCUGGUUUGUCUCUGACUUCCAUGAACUCAGAUCUGGAGGAUUGCUGGCUGGUCCGGUCCAGUUCUGACAGUAGAGACAACACAGUCUGUUAUUCUGGGUUGAGUGUUCUUGUUGAAGAUCAGUGUACAGUGAGGGAUGAAGGCAGACAAAGAUCCUCCUGUUUCCUCCAUGUCACAGUUCAAGUUCAUUUUGAAGACUUUGAUUGAUCCGAGCGCUGAAGAGGAACAGGAAACGUGGAGUAGAGAGUGAGGGAGGACUUACAGCAAAGGAUCAUGGGAGUCCAACCAGCAACUGCUGCAACAAGGACUCCACCUUCUGAUCACCUGAACCUCUAAUCCAAACCAGUGCUCCAUCACAUUUGAUGUCUUGUCUGUUAUUUUACAUGGAGGGUCAGAGCAGACCAGAUCAUGAGCUCUGACAGACUGGAUCUGGUCCAAAGGUCUCCUGUUGGAGUUCUCUAAGCUCCAUAUUUUAAACCUGAACACCUGAAGUUUGAUAAUUAAUUAUUUUUAUCUUCAUUCUCUUUCCUUUUUUCAGACUGUUGGACUGCAGUUUGUCAGAGAUCAGCUGUUCUUCUCUGGCCUCAGCUCUGAAGUCCAACCCCUCCCAUCUGAGACAUCUGGACCUGAGUGGAAACAAUCUGCAGGAUUCAGGAGUGAAGCUUCUCUCUGCAGGACUGGAGAGUCCAAACUGCAGACUGGAGACUCUGAAGUGAGACACCAUUUCCUUCUGAUCUAACAAUAAGAUGUGACAGCUGCUGCCUUAGAUUUUUCUCUGUGGUUUUUCCAUCAACUUUGGUCGAGCAGUUUGAAUUUGUCGUUGUAAAACUUCAACACAGGAAGAAAAAUCCGACAUUUCAGAGUUGACUUUGAGGAGAACGAUGGAUGUAGAAAGGAAGCAGGAGAAAAUCAGUCCCACAAAUAUGAAAUAAAAAAUUCCUCCAGAUUUUCCAAAAGUUUAGAGAUGAUUUUACAAAGUUCCUCCAGAUCAACUCUGAAAAAGUUCUUCUUCCAUGUCCUUCAGGGUUCAAGAACAUUGAAUCAUUAAAAACAGGAACAGUUUCUUCAGAGGUUCAAUUUUUUUAAAUAUCAACUUUUAGACUUGGACUUUUAGUCUUUAAAUUUCAGAGACAUUUUGAACAUAUUCAUGAGUUAAUAUUGAUGAAUUACAACCAUAUCAUACUGAUAUCAGACAGGAGUGUGACAGGUGUUUAUUAGUCUUUUUGACACGUUACAAUCAUGAGGAGAAAGUCAUGGACUAAACUUGGGCUCCCAGUUUCCUUGUUGUUGUUUCUUCAGCUAGCAUCAUUGUUUUCAUCACAGUUAUUAAAGUAAUAAUGAUGCUUCAUAAAUUCAGAGUCACAAAAAAACACCAAACAAACCAAAUCUGAAAAAAAUCCACUUUUUCAUCAAAUGAGUUUAAUCGGUCAGAACAUGAGGUUUGAGUUUUCAUGAGGAGGAAACGAGAAAGAUCUGCUCUGACAGUGAGAAACACAGACGCCUGAAUUUACACUGACAGACAGAGAGACACAGACAGAGAGACAGACACACAAACACAGACAGAGAGACAGACACACAAACACAGACAGAGAGACACAGACACAAACACAGACAGAGACACAGACACACAAACACAGACAGAGAGACACAGACACACAAACACAGACAGAGACACAGAUACACAAACACAGACAGAGAGACACAGACACACAAACACAGACAGAGAGACACAGACACACAAACACAGACGGAGACACAGACACACAAACACAGACAGACAGAGAGACAGACACACAAACACAGACAGAGACACAGACACACAAACACAGACAGACAGAGACACAGACACACAAACACAGACAGAGAGACACAGACACACAAACACAGACGCCUGAAUUUACACUCACAGACAGAGAGACACAGACACACAAACACAGACAGAGACACAGACACACAAACACAGACAGACACAAACACAGACGUCUGAAUUUACACUGACAGACACACAAACAGACAGAGAGACAGACACACAAACACAGACAGAGACAGACACACAAACACAGACACACAAACACAAACACACAAACACAGACAGAGGGACACAGACACACAGACAGAGACACAGACACACAGACAGAGGGACACAGACACACAGACAGAGACACAGACACACAAACACAGACACAGAUACACAAACACAGACAGAGACACAGACACACAAACACAGACACACAGACACAGACAGACAAACACAGACACACAAACACAGACAGAGAGACACAGACACAGACAGACAAACACAGACACACAAACACAGACACACAAACACAGACAGAGAGACACAGACACACAAACACAGACAGAGAAACACAGACACACAUAAACACAGACAGAGACACAGACACACAGAGACACAGACACACAAACAAAGACACACAAACACAGACUCACAAACACAGACAGAGACACAGACACAGACAGAGAGACACGGACACACAGACACAGACAGACAAACACAGACACACAAACACAGACACACAAACACAGACAGAGACACAGACACACAAACAGAGACACAGACACACAAACACAGACACACAAACACAGACAGAGACACAGACACACAAACACAGACAGAGACACAGACACAAACACAGACAGAGACACAGACACACAAACACAGACAGAGAGACACAGACACACAAACACAGACAGAGACACAGACACACAAACACAGACAGAGAGACACAGACACACAAACACAGACAGAGAGACACAGACACACAAACACAGACAGAGACACAGACACACAAACACAGACAGACAGAGAGACAGACACACAAACACAGACAGAGAAACACAGACACACAGACACACAAACACAGACACACAAACACAGACACAGACACACAAACACAGACACACAAACACAGACACUCAGAGAUGUUCCUCUUUGUCUCUUUGCUGUGAUGACUGAAGUCACAAAAACAAAGUUUUCUUUGUCACUUUUCUGAUUGAACCAACGAAGUUAAAGAACCAAACUCUCAGAUUUUCUUCUUCUCAAUAUUAUUUGAACCAUUUAGAUUUUUCUCCUGAUCAAUAUUCAAUGAUCAGAUUGAUCAGGUUCCUGUUUUGGCUCCAGCCUGGUUGAGGGAGGUGGGCUCAGUGUCCUGGGUGACUCUCUCUGAGCUCUUCUUGGUUGAGAGUAUUUCUGGUUUGUCUCUGACUUCCAUGAACUCAGAUCUGGAGGAUUGCUGGCUGGUCCGGUCCAGUUCUGACAGUAGAGACAACACAGUCUGUUAUUCUGGGUUGAGUGUUCUUGUUGAAGAUCAGUGUACAGUGAGGGAUGAAGGCAGACAAAGAUCCUCCUGUUUCCUCCAUGUCACAGUUCAAGUUCAUUUUGAAGACUUUGAUUGAUCCAAGCGCUGAAGAGGAACAGGAAACGUGGAGUAGAGAGUGAGGGAGGACUUACAGCAAAGGAUCAUGGGAGUCCAACCAGUAACUGCUGCAACAAGGACUCCACCUUCUGAACAUCUGAACCUCUAAUCCAAACCAGUGCUCCAUCACAUUUGAUGUCUUGUCUGUUAUUUUACAUGGAGGGUCAGAGCAGACCAGAUCAUGAGCUCUGACAGACUGGAUCUGGUCCAAAGGUCUCCUGUUGGAGUUCUCUAAGCUCCAUAUUUUAAACCUGAACACCUGAAGUUUGAUUAUUAAUUAUUUUUAUCUUCAUUCUCUUUCCUUUUUUCAGACUGUGGCGCUGCAGUUUGUCAGAGAUCAGCUGUUCUUCUCUGGUCUCAGCUCUGAAGUCCAACCCCUCCCAUCUGAGACAUCUGGACCUGAGUUUCAACAAGCUGCAGGAUUCAGGAGUGAAGCUGCUGUGUGACUUUCUGCAGAGUCCAAACUGUAAACUCGAGACUCUAGAGUGAGACGUUUUUCCUCCAUUCAAACAUGAUCAUGAUUUGUUUGUGAUGAUGACACUAAACUGCUGACUCAGGACUGAAAUACUGACCCAGACUGAACACCUUCAGUCCAGAGUAGAUUUUCUGCAUCAGUGGAUUAUUUGAUUGACUCCAGUUAGAUCACUGCUGAGCUCCAGUGAAUUAAAACCUGAACCCAAGAAGAAAACUCUUUGUAGAGUUCACAGUGAGAAGCUCAUUCAGACAGAAAACAGAAGCAGGGGGAGAUUUGUCAGACGAGAACCAUUCAAACUUUUGUUCAGGACAAGAUCAGGGACUAGAAAAAACUCAGAGUUUAGUUUCUGACUCUGAUGAAAGUCCAGCUCUGUUACUUUGAAUUUUGUUUUUGAAUCUUUGUGUGAAAAUCUGAAUUUUCUGGUUUAUCUUCACUUUUCUGAAGCCUUGCUGUGUUUAGACUGAAAUAUUUACCUCUCAAAGACGUGAUAUUUUUGGUUCAGCAAAGUGAAAAUAUUCUGAACAUCCUUUAUUUCCCAUCCGUCCUGAAGUCGCUGACAUUUUCUAAAAAUAUUGAUCUGCAUCUACAAUCAGUAAAAAAGUCUCUGAGUUUUUUAUUUCACUAUUUCAUGUGUUUUUGAAUUCACUGUUUCAAACUGACUUCCUGUUUGGUUCAGCUCUUUGGAGCGUCACUUUUCUUUGAUUCAUACUUUCCAAACCUUUCCUCUGAACUCUACAGAUUUAAGACAUCAGGUUUCAAACUGGAUCAUUUUUCUCUAAAAUCUCAUUAUUUCCUCUUUAUUUAGGUUGUGGAGCUGCAGUUUGACAAAGAUCAGCUGUUCUUCUCUGGCCUCAGCUCUGAAGUCCAACCCCUCCCAUCUGAAAACUCUGUGGCUGUAUUACAACAAUCUGCAGGAUUCAGACAUGAAGCUGCUGUGUGAUCUUCAGAAGAGUCCAGACUACAGACUGGAGACUCUGAAGUCAGUAUAGAGUUGGAGUUAGUCUGUGCUGAUCUCUCCUGUUCCUCUCCACACAGUAUCACAGCAGAUAUUCAGUAUUUCCUGCUGACUCUUCGACCCUCUCAGAGGAUUAUCUCUUUAGUGAAGCUGUGAGAACAGAAAUCAUCAAACCAGGAGUGUAAGAGUGUCAGUGAUGAAAAAAGUGUCUCCUCGUCUCUAUAUUUCAGAUCAAAUGUAGAAAUGAGACAUAAUGAAACAGAAAUGUUCAGUUUCUGCUCUGAAGUCCAGUUUAUAGUUCUCUGUAUUCAACACAGACUUUAUUUCUCUGCUAACUUGUUGAUUUUGACCUCUAAGUCUGAAAACAGACAGCUGUUCUUUAUACUUGUUAUUUUCACAGCAGGUUUGUUCGAUCAGCUUUAACACAUUUGACAGGAAUGAUUUCUUUAUUUUGAUGAUGUUGGUUUAUUUGUGAGGAAACCUGCUGCUUUACACCAUCACUUCUGGUCUGAGCAGGACUGAGACCUGCUGGUCUGUAAACUGGAUGUUCUUCAGUCCAGCUGAUGAAGUGAGUCUCAGAGUGGAAACACUGAUCGUCUGUUUUUAUCUCCUCAGAUGGAGUUAA